CACGGGAAAAACUAAGGAGCUUGGGAAAUCCUCCAUGUGGGGUCCUAGUUGGGUCAUCGAUAUCCGCACAACUGAUGCCGGCGCCAUAGUGAUCGGCAAGGUGAAAACAACACAAGUCACGGCUCGGGAGAACACACGGGAUGCUAUCGACGACUACAUUCCAGGCAACCUGUACUCCGCAUGGCGACGAAUACCAGGAAUGCGGUUCUUCUUCUGUUGAUCCCGGCACUAAAGUCGCUGCUCACGGUUGGAUUGAUAUUGCUCUUGGAUCGGACACUGGUGAUUUUAUUCGUGUGCCGGCGGAAGGCAACGGACUCUUCUGCAAUCGCCCAAAUCACGGUCUUACAGUCUUGUAGAGCUGAAAAUGUUGUGCCCUUGGCUCCAGAACUGGACAGCGUUGGGUUUCUGGUUCGGGAUCCGAAGCUGUGGAUCAACGCCUCGAAGGUGCUGUACUCAAACAUGACGACGAAAUAUACCCGUUACCCAAAGAACAUUCUCACGUAUGACCUGCCAUCCGCAAACUCAUCCGAUUUGACUCUUGGCGAGCAAGUGGGUGCCGAUUUCGGGCAGCACCCGGUGCCAGCUUACGCUAUCUGGAAGCAGGGCACAAAUGGUGCGCUGAUGGGUCUCAAGACCGGUUUCAGUUCUUCAUUGGUGGAAAAUCUAGACUUCGCUAUACCGUUGGGACAGGUGUCGUACAAUAGCAGUGUGACCUUGCAAGAGGAGUCUCCCCUUGUAUCGACCAGGAUAAUGGCCACGCAAGGGAUGUGA